CUUUCAGAGAUAAGGAACGUAUAAUCUGUGAUAAUCGCCGUUACUACCGGAAUGACAUAUUGUGGUAUAGUCGGUCAUAUCUUACGGAAGGAAUACACUGUGACAGGAAUGUUGAUCUGUGAUUGGCGUCUAAAAAUUUUAAGUAUAAACGCACGUUAUCCCGGUAGUACUCACGAUUCAUACAUUUGGAAUAAUUCAAAUGUAAAGAAUGCGAUGGUUCAUCUGUACAGAGGAUAUCCAAAUAGUAAUUACCACUUAUUAGGUGAUUCAGGAUAUGCCUUAAGAUCAUGGAUGAUGACUCCCAUAACAGAUGCAGCAGAAGAUAGUCCAGAAUCAACAUAUAAUAAGAAACAAAUGAGAUGCUGUGCAUUAAUAGAACAAUGCAAUGGAGUACUCAAAAUGCGUUUUAGAUGUUUGUUAAAGCAUAGAGUACUACGUUAUUCUCCACCAAUAACAGCGAAAAUUAUAAAUACAUGUGCAGUAUUGUACAAUAUAUGUAUCAGCAAAAAUGUGCCAAUGCCGUUGGACUUAAAUGAUCUAGAUGAAGAUUUUGAUUUAGGAAUGAAUAUUAAUAGAAAUAAUAUUGAAAAUGGAGAAAAUAAUCCUGAAAGGAAUAUUUAAAGAAUCAAUCCUGAUUUAGCAGUUGGUAGAAAAAAACAGCGACAGAUGAUAAGAAAUUAUUUUCUUGAAUAAUAAUUUAAAAAACUGUUAUGUUUCAAUAUAUUUCUACAUAUAUUCUACGUUUAUAUUUUAUAUAUAUUUAUUUGUAUAAAAUUCAAUAUUAAUACGUGACAAUAUAUUCAAUACACUUAAGUCCAGUUGCAUAUUGUUUUGUCUCUAAACGAUUUAAACAUGUAUCUAUCUUUGGCUUAAAUAUUAUAUAUGUCAAUAAUUAUAUUUUGUAUUUUAAUAACAUUAACAGAAGAAUAGGAUAAAAAUAAAAAA